CCCCGUGCCUGGCCAGGGCCUGGAAGCAGAAAGCUCAGCCCAACCUCUAGUGCAUGCUGUGCUGUGACCUGUUCCCCAGGGACAGCCCCUCACCUUUCAGGAUGUCCCUGAGUGAGGGGCUUACCUUGCUGCUCUUGCAGGCUGAGCCCAGCCCACAGUGAAAGAAGGGAAGAAUGUGGUUGCCUCCUCCAGGCUCCUCCGACCGCUCAGACCUGGUGGGGUGCAGACAGGACUGCAGGGCACCUCACACCCCAGAGCCCCCGGGAGGAGGCUGUGAGUGGGCAGUGUGUGGGCUGCAGUCGCCCUUGGAAGAGCAGGGCCACCGUCCUGGCCGCCCAAGCCUAACAGCACGUCCAUCCUGUGGGAGGAUGGCUCUUUGGAGGGGCCUGGGGGCAUGAGCACAUCUGCCUGAGGAGGGCAGAGCCUGGGAUGCUGAGUCCUGUCCCUGUUUGUCACUGCUCUGGGCCUCUGUCCCAGUACCUCCGACUCCUACUACUAUCUGACUUGUGCUUCUAGCCCUGGCCUAGGCUCCAGAGAAGCACUGGGGAGCAGGACCCCUGCCAGAGCAUGGGGCGAAGCUUCAGACCUGGUCCUUCUAUCCUGGGGACUGAGGACACUGCCCUGGAGACAACACGAGAGGCAGCGUGGGCCUGGGAAGGCGUCAGCCCCGUGUGCCUCUUUGCACUUAGGUCGCCCUUGGCCCGCACCAUCCUGAGCCAUCUUGGCUGUUCUGGCCAGGCCAGAUGAAGAAUCUUGAGGUGGGGCAGGGGUCCCCAGACAUUUCUGAUAGGGUGGAGGCAGAAAAGGCAGCAUGGGGCCAGCCGGUCGGCCUUGGGGCGUGGCCAGGGGCUCCUCCUCCUUCUCCCUGAGAGGCCGCCCCGCACAGGCCCUUCUGCCCAUGCUUUGCUGUGCUGGGGCCUCUCCCCUUCUACCCUGUGGCUUAAACUGGAGACCAGGGUUCCCUCUAGCCCCUCCAGGUCCCUCCACAGCGGCUUUACUGGCAUUGGCAGAGGCACCUAGAGCUGACAGGGUAGGGGCAGCAAGGAAGGACCUGCAGCAGCACUCAGUGGUCUCGGUGGCCUCGGGCAACUGCCACAGGGCAGGCCCAGCAGCUGGGUUAGGGCCUGUGGCGACCUCAUGCUCACUGCUGGGUGCAAGAGGGACUCAAAGGGUAGAAGUCAGGCCAGGGCCAGCCCCAUGGGCAUCUUCAACCCCAGAGGUCUGCAGGGGGGAACCCCAGGCCCAAGCCAUGGGGUGAGAUGCACCUUCCAUGUCGACAACUGGAACGCAGCGUGUCCAGCACAGAGCUGAUGGGGUUGGGCCUUGGAGAGCCUGGCUCUGGGGGGCCUCACUGCCUGGCUGUACCCAGGCAGGGCAUCACCAGGGACUUUACAAGGUCCUGGUGCCAGGAGGGUUAUGCCCAGGGUAGGCUCGGGUGAGAGCUGAUCCCUCCUGGGUUCUGCUGCCCAGGACAGCUCAGUGUCCAGGCCAUGUUGGGUGCACAUCUGUUCGGGCUUUGUCCAGGGCGCCCCAUGCCUGGGGUGGUAGGGCCCUGUGCACACGCUGGCACCCACUCGCCUCCCACGGGCACACUGCUCACUGCCACACUAGGGGGGGUCAUGCACACAGUGUCACUCACCUGCUGCUGCUUCUCUGCCCCGUUGGCCAGGGUGGGGACCAGGUGGGCCCAGCUACUGCCCUAGACACCUGUGCCGCUGCCCUGAGCUUCCCAGGGCCGGCCCCACCUCUUCAGGGAGGCCCCACAUUCUCAGGGCUUGCUGUCACUGCCUCCGGGCACUACCUGUCCUCUGAGGAGCCCCAGUGACCUCAGAGACUCAGGGCGGGUCCUGGGCAGCAUGUGACAGUCAUGAACCCCACAGACUCACUCCUGCGGAUGUCCUCACAGCAAGUCUCCAGAUCCCCUGUGCCCUCAGCAAUCCUGGACCCCCUCCCUCCCUGGACUCCUCCCCGGGCUUCCUCUGUCAUGGAGUAGCUGGGGAGCCUUCCCUUCUGAGCUCAGGCCCGCUCUGACGGGACCUUCAUCCUCUCAGCCCCCACACCUAGCCCUCUGGGGCUUGGCCUUGGGCACCAGGAUGCAGAGCACCUUGCUGUGGGGGCUUCUGGGGCCCAGACCACUGCGGUGACAGUGGCCCAGAUGGGUGGACGAUGACAGCUGGGGUCCAGGGCACCAGGUCCUGCUCACUGCUCUGCUGAGGUCCACUGUGCUGGGCCAGAGUAAAGCAGCCCAACCCUAACUGGGCCCGAGCCCUGCCGGAAAAGUGUCCCUGCAGCCCAGGGACCUCGCCCUGACCUCACCCUUGAGGCCACUGCUUAGGCCCGGCCCUGACCUCACACCCACUUCCUGGACCCCAGAGCAGGAAGUUCCACAAAGGCUGUGGAACUGGAGCACGCGUGUGAGCAUGUGGGAGGUAGGAGAGGAGGUGCAGGAUGGGCUGCUGGGAAGGACAUGGGUGGUACAAGUGGACAGGGCAGCCAGCUGGGCUAGGACCCGCUCCAGAGUCAGGGGCGCGGGAUCCGGCAUGGGGCCAGAUCCUCUUCCCAGGGACAGGGGCUUUGAUCAUCCACUGUCCACCCUCCAAACUCCAUGCUGCAGGGGCCUGUCAUGCCCCAGGCCACCCCAGUUCUGACCCUCACCUGCUCCCCUCCCACCCAUGCCUAGCCUGCCAGGGAGGACAGGAGGCCAGCCAAUCCCUGCGCCCUGGCCACACCCUGGACUGGCAUGACCUAGAGGGUAUAAAUAUACCUUCCUGGAGCUGACAGCCAGAGAACCCGCAGCAGCCUGCAACAGAGCUCGGGACUGGACCUAGUACAUCCCCACACCCCACCCCACUGGGGGCGUGCCUGCCAGGCCGGCAACACAAGACAGCUGCUGGACACUGGCCUGUGGAGGGACACCCGCCAGGUGAAGAGGACAGGCUGGGCUGGGAGGACAGGGAAAGGACGCUGCUGGAGCCGCGGAGCCCAGAGGCUCAGAGCCCUGCCGUGGCCGGCAGAGAAGACCAUGCCCAGGAGCUACUGACCCUCAGCUGCCAGGGCUAUGGGUCAACCACACAGCCCAAGGGAAGCAAGGACUGUCAUGGGCACUGUCGACCGAGGCAUCCACUGAGCCAUUGGCAAGAGCCCUAGGCCCAUGGCUUUCAUUCCUACAGCCCUGCUGGGCUGUCCAGUCUGGGUCACCAGGGUGCUCGGUCCUGUGGCACGCAAGGGAAGCUCAGACCCAUGUCAUCAGGCCAGGAAAUAUGGCACACAGCUGUGCCGCCCCCCCGCCGGAGCAGCUCCACAGCCUCCUCAGUGCCUGGGUCCUCCAGCUCGGCCAGCAGCCCCAGGUCCCCCUGCACCCCGAGCUCGGAGCGGGUAGCCUCACCGUUGGAGUGCUCCAUCUGCUUCUCAGGCUAUGACAACAUCUUCAAGACACCCAAGGAGCUCUCCUGCACCCACGUCUUCUGCCUAGAAUGCCUAGCUCGGCUGGCAGCUGCCCAGCCCACAGGCCGCCCUGGCGCAGAAGCUGUGCCCUGUCCAUUCUGCCGGCAGCCCACGGCUGUACCAGCUGCUGGGGCCCCUGGCCUUCGCACCAGCCGCCAGUUGCAGGCCAAGCUGCCAGUGCACCUGCGGCGGGAAGAGCUGGUGUGGCUGGAGGGCACUAAACUGUGCUGCCGCCCACUGCCCACCACGCCUGGCCAGGAGGCACCCGGCUCCGUGUGUGUGGACGUAGGCCUAAGCAAGCCCGCCGAGCCCACGCCUCCAGUGCCCAUCCUGGACCCUGCCCCACGCCGGGGCCGCCUGGCCUGCCUGGCCCGCUGCUGGGAGCGAUGUGCAGAUUGGCGGCGCCUGGCGCUGGUCUCAGUGCUGCUACUGGUGCUGUUCUGCGUGGUUCUGUGGCCCGUGCAGUGUGCCCUCAAGACUGGGAAUCUGCGCUGCCUGCCGCAGCAGCAUGUAGCCACUGCCACCACUGCUGCCACCGCCCUCUCCCUCCAGCCUCUAGCUCACAGCAACUAGGAUCACCAGCCAGUGGCCAGGCCUACACUCCCACCCCAUCCCUUGGAGCUCAAGGCCGUGGACACCACGGGAUGUCAGCCCAGGACGCCAAUGAGGACUGGAUUCUGGUAGGGUAGACAAAAGGUCCCCCAGAGGGUCCCAGAACCACAGGCUCCUGCAGGCCAGAGACAUCCCUGACCCUAGCAAGCUGUUGGGGAAGGGGUCCAGGAGACACCUGGCCCUCCCCAGACACACUGUGAAUUGCUCAGAAAAGGGGCCAGCUGUCCCCUCCCUCCAUGCUGACAUUUCACCAGGGUCUUCCCUGGACCCUCUCUGGACAAGGCUGGCCCCUUCCAUUGGCUGGGGACGCCGAGCUGGUCCUCUGGCCCAGGGUCACACUGAGCUAAAUCCCCAGCCCCUGAAGAACAUUUUUAAAUAAACUAUUUUGUACCCAU